CUUCUAUCGUCUAGAGGAAGAGUCGAGCGAUCGCUUGCUGCAGAAUGGACUCCGCCAUGGCGCUGCGCCGCCGCCUCGAGUCGCCCAACGACGCGCCGACCAACUUCUUCUUCUACGCGUCCAUCAUCAUCAUGUUCGUCUCGUGCGGCUUGUACAACUUCUUCUUCAAGCGCCGGCUCGAGGCGCAGCUCCUCGCGCAGCAGCAGGUCCAGGAGCAGAUCUACCGCCAAGACGUCAUUGCGAGCGACCAAGACAUGGACAACCUCUGGGCGUGCGAAGUGUGCGAUUUCAAAAACUACGACGGCCACAAGACGUGCAUCCUCUGUGGCACCGAGCGCGAGUUCUCGCUGUAUGGGAAGACGACGUCUUCCAAGCGCGGUCUGGACGAGACCAAGUCGACCGAGUUUGUCUUGAUGAACGACGCAACGCCGCGGACGCUCCAGAAGCAGCGGCUCUUUCUUAAGAGCAAGCUCAAUAGCCUCAACGCGCGGCAAAAGGGCGCGCGGCGCCGCCAUGACUGGGUCCGCAACUAUGACGAGAGCGUGGGUCACAUGGUGUGGGGUCGAAAGAAGCACGAACGGACUCUCAAGCGCAUCGCCAAGCCGCACGACCAUGCGAUCGAUACGCUCGAGAGCCACCCGCUGGGCAUCCUGCGCGACUCGUCGUCGAGCGUCGGAUCCGUCGGCAGUGUCCAGAGCGUCGGGUACAUCUCCAAGCUCAUUACGUCGCCGUCGAACCCGGAUGGCCGCAUGUCGUUCGAGAUGGCCGAAGGCCAAAGCGCGUCCCAGAACUUUGUGCACAACGGCGCAAUGGUGUUUUCGCCGGCCGAGCUCAAGACGGUCUCGGGCCUGACGUUCCAGCAAAAGCACGCGUGGUUUGUUCAGUACACGUCGACGAUGGAGAUUCCGUGGGAGUAUGGCCACAUGCUGCUUGAGAUUGAUCGGUCCAACUUACUGCACAACUCGUGCGAGCAACUUCUGUGGGCGACGCCGGACCAGCUGCACCAGUCGAUGCGCAUCAAGUUUAUGAACGAGCCGGGCGUCGACGCGGGCGGCCUCGAGCGCGAGUGGUUCACGCUCAUGACGCAAGAGAUCUUUGACGAGAGCACGGGUCUCUUCUCAUCGUGCAUGGGCCACAACGCGUACAUGAUCCGUGCGACGUCGAGCGAGGCCAGCGAGGACCACCUCAUGUACUUUCAAGCCAUUGGGCGGUUUCUCGGCCGCGCGCUCUUUGAAGGCAUGCUCAUUGACGCCCACUUGUCGCUGCCCAUGUACAAGCACAUCCUGGGCAUCCCGAUUACGUUUUCCGACCUCGAGUUUAUUGACGUCGACUUGUACAACAACCUGCGUUGGCUCAAGCAGAACCGAGGCGUCGAGUCGCUCUGCCUUGACUUUAGCGUCAGCGUCGCUCAGUACGGCUCUGCGCCAUUGACGGUGGAUUUGUGCCCGAACGGCCGCAACAUUCCGGUGACGGACGACAACAAGGACGAGUAUGUCUACCGGCGCUUCAAGUGGAUCAUGAUGAGCAGCAUCUCGUACCAGCUCGCGUCGCUUGUCAAGGGCAUCUACAGCGUCGUGCCGGCCGAGCUCCUCUCGGUGUUUGACCACCAAGAGCUCGAGCUGCUCAUGUGCGGCAUUCCCGACAUCAACGUGGCCGACUGGAAGGCGCACACGACGUACCUCGGCGAGUGCGACGCGAUGGUCAUCGACUGGUUUUGGGAAAUCGUCGAGGACUUUAGCACCGAGCAGCGUGCCCGCCUUCUUCAGUUUACAACCGGCUCAGCCCGCGUGCCGGUCCAGGGCUUCAAGACACUAACGAUGAACGACGGCCGCAUCUGCCUCUUUGCGAUCCAAGGCAUCCGAAAGGAAGAGUGCUUGUACCCGCGCGCCCACACGUGCUUCAACCGCCUCGAUCUGCCCAUGUACUCGACAAGGAAAGACCUCGAGACGGCGCUCAUGAUGGUGAUCAAGAUGGAAGUCACUGGGUUCACUAUCGAGUGAGUCGUCGUUGCUGUCCGUGCUGUGCUUUUUAUCUAAUAUACAAGUUGCCUUUGUGUAUCGC